AUGGUUUACACGAUAACUGUUCAUCUAUACGCCAACGAGAAUCCAGAUUCGAUACCUCUCUUAAAGGCAAAACUAAUUGAAGCUGCUAAAAUUUAUCGCAAAGACAAGGAAACCAUUGACUGGUUCGUUAUGCAAGACGUAAAUGACCCCAGAGCGUUCACAAUAGUAGAACGAUUUGAACAAGAAAGCAGCCAGAAAUAUCACCUCGAAAAUCCCUACUGGAAAACCUUCGAUCCGUACGUGAUCCCGCUUUUGAGCGGAAAAAUGGAUCUACGCAGACAUGAAGAGCUGGACACCAAUUGA